AUGCCUGCACCAUCUACAUCCAACAAGAAUGCAUUGGAGCUAGCUGCUGCCAACUUACGAAAGGCCACUAUGAUUGGAACAUUCACAGUCUUAUUGGAGCAGACUCAGAACCAUCCUGACCAACGAGCACUUGAUCAGUCCUGGGUUGAUACACUUGUUGAGCGUAUAGGUACUCCUGAAAUUCUCAAUCAAGCACUACACCCCAUCAGUGUGAUUCUAGAAAACGAUGCAUACAAUCAGACAUUAGAAGCUCUUUUGGAGGAGCAGGGUGUCAACUCCACUCCCAAGCUUCCCCAAGAACUGAGUGUACUAGUCUUUGCCGGCCAACAUUGCCUUGCAAUGCUCUCUCAGCUUGACCUUGGAGGACAGGAGAACAUGUGGUGGCAUGCUCAUGUUUACAAGCAGGAAUUAGAAAGGGACCACCCAGCCGAAUUUCUGACUAUGAUGCAUGAAUCAAACAGUCCUCAGUUGAUGAAACGCUGCAGUGACCUUGAGCUAUUCUGUGCAGUCCGGAAGCUGAAGAAGCUUCUGAAGAGCGGUACCAUCAAUGAACAAACCUUUUUACAGAACCGUCGCAUGCUUCUUGGGGGACUGGAUGAUAGAACAAAUAGGGCUAUCUGCAAUCUCACUCGAAAUGAUGAGCUUAUGGAUGCAAUUUCAGAUUCCUUGUCUUGUGUACAUAUUGCAGGUGCAUUCUCAGCAGGGUCAUGGAUGAGAUUGACAACUGGUCGCCUGUACAUGGUAGCUUCAGGCCUUGUUCAAGAGAUGUUGGCCCAAGUGGACCUGCUAACCAAGGGGAUGAGCGAUGUUCCCAAGGAUGCUAUAAGCCUUCCACCUCGGUCUUGCCAACUAUCCAAAAUCCAAGCAACCAAGGCUGGUAAGAGGAAGUUGGCCCAUGCAUGGGAUGCAUUACCAGGUGGACACAAACAGGCUCUACAAAGAGCAAGUACCCGUCCAACCAGCUUUGUCAGCCACCUGAACCCCCGGAAGGAAGACCCAUGGACAUUCCCGGAUAUGGUGCUUUUACCAUCCUGUCUUGGAUCAAAGAUAAUUGAGGAAGAGCUAAGGCUGACACAGGUAGUAAUUACUCAUAUUGUCAACAUGAUCACAACAGAAGAGGAGUUCAGUCAGCAUACAAAAAGUUCAGAAACCAUGGAGAGUCCGGUUGAUCACCCAGCAGGAGUGAUAGCACAUUUCCUCAUGGAGAAGCAUGGGAAUGAGGCCAAUGCCCAAGGUUAUGAGUACAAGAUUAUACAGAGAGUUUGGUUGAACAGGGCUAUUCUGUACAAGGACCUCCAAGAUCAUAAAGUCCUUGCAAUUGAAGACGCAGCACAAGACAAGUACCAAAAAUUGAUUGACAAAAGUCAGGCUUGGUGGACUGCCAUGAGACUAUUCAAGGUUAAACAUCUCAGAACAAAGUUUGACUUGCUGGUACCAAAGGUGUUUGGAGGGAAUUGUGAACAAAGCACAGUUGAUGAUGUAGCCCAGCAGUCAAGGUCAAGUCAAAGGCCCAAGCAUCCAGUGGAUGCAAGCUUUGACAACCACCCUUUGAAGCGGCAACGGCUCUCAACUAAUAGGAGUCCAAGUACAGAUGGGCCAGCUACUACUACAGAAGAGACCCAGGAGAGUGCUACAGCCAACAAUCAUGAAGCUAUGGACAUAGAUAGCCCUCAUGAUUGUAGAACAGGAAGCACCAACAAUGAGGAUGAGGAGGGCAGUGAGCAAACAGAUGGGGGGGUUGGGGCUCAGGGUGGGAAAAAGGGCAAGGGCAAGGGCAAGGGCAAGGGCAAGGAUGGUAGGGAGGAUGUGAAUGAAGGUGAUCACCUUGAUGACAAGGACAAUGAUGACAAUGAUGAUGAUGAUGAUGAUAACAACAACAACAUUGCAUCAGUUGAGCUGCGAAGGGGUGGGGAUAGACGACUGGGUCAAGCCCUUGCCCAAAUUACAUCAACUGCAGAGGUGAUGACAAGGGAAGAAAGCAGAGCAAUGACUGAGCUGCUGGGUCAAAUCAUGGCUAGUCGUAGGGAUGGGGAUAUGGCGCACCUUGUCAAUGCAUUGGUGGCAAAAGGGAAGCGUGUACUGCUGAAGCAGAGAAAGCAGCAAGAGCACAACUUUGAAUCACCUGAUGAGGAUGAGGAAAGGGACGCACAGGAUGAAGCAUCAAGCCCAUUGGGCAACUCAGAUGUUGAGGGAGUUGGGGAAGUUGAGGAUUAUGGCCCCCAAGGAGAAGAGGAAUUAGAGUAA